AUGUCUCAAACACAAUCGGUAGCAGUUGUAGAUUUAAAGACGAGGGCAGUACAGCUGGCCACAGAGCUGUCCUCAAGGGAACAUUUUUGGCAUGCUGCGAAGGAACUCCUCACUUUCAAGUCACUUUCGUCUUCUGAUUUUGUGAGGCAUUCGAGGAAGAUUUCUCGGACCCGACUGACCGAGUCACAUAUACCUUUGUCCAAACACGUCGUUUGCACACCCGGUCACGAGCCAUACAGAGCUAUUUACAUCGACCUACUGGAAGCAUUACAAACCAAGCAGUACCUUAUCGACGAUGUCCGACUUCGAGGCUGGUUCUCUUCCCUUUCAUUAGAAACUCGAGUCAAGCAGUUGCUCGUGCCACUAACGAGUACCUCCACGGCUAGCGGCAGCAUCAAAGUUACGGGGGGCUCCGCUGAAGAUCAUAUGCCCUCCGAGCAGUCCAACCGCUCGAACAGUCAUUAUCAUCCUUAUGACAGGCCUGGAAAUCAAGCUUUUCGCGCACACAGUGGCAUUCCUAAGCGCGAUACAUCUAUGCCGCCGCCAGACGAACUGCCGCUGGUUUCCAAGAAACCAAAAAUCAAUGACCGCAAGCCAUUCCAUGACCCUUGGUUAAUCUUCGAUGAGGAUCAAACCGACCAUGACUCUCCGGAAAUUCUGGAGAGCCUUGGAACACCUAGCCUUGUCCCACAACGUGGGCGUAUUAGAGGGAAGUUCGGGAUAUUCUGCACUAAAAAGACGCGAUGA